AUGGUUUUCCAUCCUCGUCCAUGGGUGCCAGACAUACGUGAGCUGUUUGGACCUUCAAACUACCUCGCAUGUGCCCUAGCAUGGCGCACUGCGUGGGGCCCAAAGGACGACCUAACGCCGUUGAACAAGGUGAUUGCGGUCUUCUGCGCCAAUACGGUCGAUUAUAUCCUCCCACUAUACCCCGCGCACUGCCCAAACGGAAUCGCCACCGCACCGAACUCGGCUUACAUGGCCGAUGAGUUGGAGCACUAG